AUGGCGCCAGGGAUUGAACCACCAACCAUCCGAUCAGUAGCUCUACCUCCUGAGCUACAGCUACCCCCUAUUCUUAUUGUACCAUUCUCUCUCCAGGAGCAUGGCAUCCCAAUAGAUAUGGGCUAUGCAGUAGCUCCACACCACUCUGGGGUUUAUCCAGUUCACAGCCAGCUAUAUGAAGCCUGGAAAUCUGUGUGGGGAAUCAAGGUGACCAGUACAGAAGAAUACCCUCAUCUAAGGCCAGCUCGAUAUCGACGUGGCUUCAUUCACAAUGGCAUCCAGGUAUUGCCCAGACAAACUUGUGGUCUAUUCACCCAUACAAUCUUCUAUAAUGAAUACCCAGGAGGUUCAAAAGAGCUGGACAAGAGCAUCAGAGGGGGAGAGCUCUUCCUCACCGUCCUCCUAAACCCUAUCAGUAUCUUCAUGACCCAUCUGUCUAACUAUGGCAACGAUCGUCUGGGUCUGUAUACAUUUGAGUCUUUGGUGAAGUUUGUCCAGUGCUGGACCAACCUCAGGCUGCAAACGUUACCACCAGUCCAGCUUGCCGAGAGGUAUUUCCAAAUCUUUCCUGAUGAGAGAGACCCGCUCUGGCAGAACCCUUGCCAUGAUAAGAGACACAAAGAUAUCUGGUCUAAAGAGAAGACCUGUGACAGAUUGCCAAAGUUUCUCAUCAUUGGACCACAAAAAACAGGUACUACAGCACUUCAUUCAUUCCUGAGCAUCCACCCAGCAAUCACCAGCUCCUUCCCCAGCCCUACCACCUUUGAGGAGAUCCAGUUCUUCAGUGGCGCAAACUAUCACAAUGGGAUUGACUGGUACAUGGACUUCUUCCCAUUCCCUUCCAAUGUCAGCACAGACUUCAUGUUUGAAAAGAGUGCCAACUACUUUGACACAGAAGUAGCCCCUAAAAGAGCUGCGGCCCUGCUCCCCAGGGCCAAGAUCCUGGCAGUGCUCAUUAACCCGGCUGACAGAGCCUACUCCUGGUACCAGCACCAGAGGGCUCAUCAGGACCCUGUAGCCCUUAACCACACUUUCCAUGAAGUAGUUACAGCGGGCGCCUCAGCCCCCAGGGAUCUGCUGGCCCUUCAGAGACACUGCCUUAAUCCUGGGGCAUAUGCUAUUCACCUGGACCGCUGGCUGCAACAUUACCAAGCCAGCCAGCUACACAUUGUUGAUGGGGCGCUGCUGCGGUCCAACCCAGUACUGGUGAUGGAGGGAAUACAGAGAUUCCUUGGUGUCACCCCCAUCUUCAACUACACCCAGGCUUUAAUGUAUGAUGACAGCAAAGGUUUCUGGUGUCAGCGAGUGGAGGGCGGUCGAGCCAAAUGUCUGGGAAAGAGUAAAGGCAGGAAGUACCCGGAGUUGAGUUCUGAGUCGCGUGCCUUUCUAGCAGAGUAUUACCAUGAGCACAACAUGGAUCUCCUGCGUUUGUUGAGCCGGUUGGGUCAGCCGUUGCCAUCCUGGCUCCGCCAAGAACUCCAGAGCACCAGCUGGAGCUGAGGCUCAGACACACUGCAGAAAAGCUUGGACUAGAGUCUGUGGUCGAGUCAACAUUUGGCUCCGGACGAGACUGGACUACCUGAUCUGGAAUCGGCAGCAACACACACUAUCAAAGUUACAAUGCUUGAGCAGAUGUUAAGAGUGCCUGUGCUCCGUGAAAAAAGACCGUACAAUCUGAUCUUAAUGUUUUGGUCACUGCUUGAGACGAUUCCAGCAGACCGCCUCCUCUUGACCUUUCACCAACCUCCCAGACAGCUUUUAGCCUCCGUGUUGCAUAUGAGGUUCAUGCUGUACCCGCUGGCUGUGGAUCCAGAGAAGUGGGUGGGCAUCAGGUCCAGAGCAUAAAGAACAGGUAGACGGCAUUAAUGAGGAGAGAAGUUCAGUGUGUGCACAUGUGAAGUCUGCGACUGGAAACGGGACUAACACGCACAACCACACACACACACCCCACACAAAGAUGAUUUUAAAGCAGUCUAUUUUUUAAAAAGGCUUGUAUAUGUUACGUUUGGGGGCAGAAGCAGUUUAUCCUCAGCUCUCCAGUCAGUGAACAAGAGUCACAGACAGAAAUGGAACUGAGUUGAUGACAGAUCAGUGUAAAUAUGUUUUUAGAGUUAUGGUCCAUGCUGUGCCUGCCACCAGCAUCCUGACAGUGAGCAGUUUUAUUCCACUUGAUUUAUUUAGGCCAAGGGAAAGCUGAUUUUUGAAGGAUGGCAGUUUUCCAACUUUCAGCUGUUUUCCAACUCUGCAGAUAAGUUUUUGAAAAUAUACCCUCCAUGUUAUGCAAGUAAAGAAACACUAAACACUGAUGAGUACAGAUUUUUUCGUUGGAACUCAAUUUUCAGCUAUUUGAUGUGCUGUAAAAGGAUAUUUGGGGAUAUCUGCCAGUGUUGUGUUCUGUCAUUUAGUCUGUAGUCAGGGAUAGCUCUCUGCAGUAGCUGCUGAUCGAAACCUUGGCCACGUCUUUGUACAUCCCAACAUCAACAGACAACACUGAAGCUGGAACGCUCUCAGAUCCUAGCUGACUAGAGUGCAUGAAGAAAAUGGUCAACUUCUAAACUAAAAUAUUUGUUUAAAGGCAAAUGCUCUCCUAAAUUCUAGUGAUUUAGGAUCCAAAAGUGACAGAAUUUUAAAAUGUAUUAUUAUCAAAGGCUGCUAUAAGUCUGCUGUCUUUCAAACUUCAGUUUAAACCACAGGCUUCGUCUUUUGAGUAUCAAAGCUGUCGUAGCCCUGAUGACCUCAGGGCAGUUUGGAGAUGUCAACUGAACUUAACCAACUGGGAGAGUGGGAACUGUAUUAUUUUGGGUAGUGUAAUGUUAACUUAUGUUUUUCACUUCUUUACAUUUUGGUAGUGAUAAACUGGUUACGCUGAUCCUGGCACCGUGUGGUAGCAAGGCAUGGCUGUGGACCAGUGUGGGCUGUUUGACUGUGAGACGGCCAUAUCUCUGUAAGAGUAGCCGUGUCGGAGAAAAGGGAAAAAUGUAUAUGCACACAAAAUUUGACAAAUUAAAGGAAAAACCUGGUCUUUCUAUUAUAACGUGAGGGGCAUUUCACUGGCAUGAUUUACCUCUACUUGUCCCUUAAAGGGACGAGUUCCAAGUGAUCACCUGUAUCCUUUGAAAUGUUCCUAUCCUGGUCUACUGCAAAGUGACAGUGCCCCCAACUACAGAGCAUUAGGGCUCACUGACAUGUUUGAGUAUGAAAAUAAUGUGAACAUAUGCUGUGGAGGAUUCUGUGGACUUGCAGAUUUCUCAGCUGUCAUUACCCCACUCACAGCUGUCAUAGGACAAGAAAAUGGACACCAGAGUUACUAAGGCGAUCUGUUGAAGUCUUGUUUUCUGUUUGUUUAGCACAACUGUCAAAAAGACCAACAUUGUAUCAUCUCUAAUAAACACAUAGAGACUGAAAAUAUU